UUAUUCGAAACCAGUCUGUCUUCAGCCAUCUGAACAAACGCUACUUUUACUAAAUAUAUCGAUAAGUAAUUGAAUUAAAUAUUAAAAAAAGUAUAUAUUAAUCAAUAAUAUCAAUUAAUUCUCAUCUGAAAUCAUAACACGAUGAUCAAACUGACGGAAAUAUUUUUUUUAUUACAAAAAAGAAUAGAAAGCUAAAAAAUUUACUAUAAAAAAAAAAAUCCCGAUGUCACGACUUUAUAAAAGACAACUAACAAAAUUAUUUUAUUUCCUUCUAAUAUGUGGAUGUAUUUAUAUAAUUUUGAAAUUUCUUCUAAUCAUUACAAGAGAAGAAAAGGAAGAAAUUUCUAAUUUCAAAAAUUUACAACAAUCUAUUAAUCAAGUGGAAGAAAUCAAUAAUCAACGAAUUGCAACAGUGAAGAAAACAUGUGAAAAAUAUAAUUUAGGUUUCUAUAAAAAAGCGGAAAAUCCAUCUAAAUUUAAACAUCCUCCAGCACCACAGUACACGGUUUUUUAUAUAGAUAGAUCACACAAUAUUUCCUAUUGUCCAAUAUAUAAAUCAGGAAGUACAACAUGGAUAUAUAAUUUAUGUUUAUUGAUGAAUGUUUCCGAUGAGAAACUUUCCAAUGGAAAAGAACAAAUUUCAUCAAUAGCAAGAAGAGUAAUUCCAGAAUUAGAAUAUCCAGAAGCCGAAGAGGCUUUACGAAAAACAGCAAAAUUACUAGUUGUACGACAUCCUUUUGAAAGAUUAUUAAGUGCCUAUAGAGAUAAAUUAGAAAAUUCUGUUGCUGGAAGGGAACAUGGUACAUUACAUUUUUAUGAAAAAUAUGGAAAGAUAAUUGUACAAAAAUAUCGAGAUAAAAAUUUACAUCCAAUUCAAGCGAAUCAAGUAAUAAGAAAAAAAGACACACCUGCACCCGCAGGUAUUGAACCCACGUGGCGUGAGUUCAUCGACUAUUUGAUUAACACUGAUCUUGGCAGUUAUGCCGACGACCAUUGGAUGCCAUAUUAUCUUUAUUGCACUCCAUGUUUACUUAAUUAUGACUUUAUUGCCAAGGUAGAAACACUUUGGAAUGAUCAACUAUUUACCAUUUAUAAAUUAAAAUUAGAUGAAAAAAUCAAACCACAUUGGAGGCAUAGUAAUGGACAAACAAACGCGUCAAAAAUUUACUUCAGUCAAUUAAACAAAGAUAUGGUUUACAAACUCUACAAAAAAUUUCAACUAGAUUUUGAAUUAUUUGACUAUUCUCCUGAUGAGUAUUUUAAUUAUGCAACAUCUCAAUUCUAAAAGAAUUAAAAAAAAUAUAUUUUUAGGUCAAUAGACAAUUUUUUUUGUGUAAUAAAGAAAAUUGUCGAACUUGAUGCUAUUUUGAAAAUAUAAAUGUGUGCGUGUACUUCUAAUUGCUACAUUUUCAUGAAAUCAAUAAUUGAAUUCCAAAUUACUUGUCUUCAACGUAACAACAUUUUUUUUUUUUUUUUCUUUUAUCGUAAAAUCGAUUGUCCUACUUUCCAACAACUUACUAUCAGUGAAAUCAUUUCCAAAACUCUUUGUCAAAUUUCUUUUUGAAUUAUAAUAAUUUCAAAUCUAA